GUUGCCAAUUACCCACUUCUAAAAUAGAUCAUAAUGAUCUUAUUCAAAUAGUUCCGCCCACAACACAUUAACCCAUUAUCAUGGUGUCAUAAAUUCUGUAUCCCUUAUCCAAACAUUGGGCAGAUUCAAUGCAUGAAAAACAAACAGUUGUAACAGGUAAUCGAGGCAUUUCUUCGGCGACCUUUAUUUUACCUGCGUCGCUCAUACGUGACAAUGUCUAACUGUUUCAAUGCAAAACUGGUACCUAUAGCCACAGGUAUACAAAGAUUGGCCACAUAUAAUAUGACGCGUUCUUAGCCUGGAGCAGCAUUAUCUAACGAGUUGGUGGUCAGCCGAGUGCACGAAAUUCCCUGCGUCAAGUGACCGAUUAGUUAACUUGUUGUCAGAGGUCCGAAAAGUCAGUAAACCAGUGUCAACAUGCGAAGCAUAUUGCUAGCUGUUUGCGUGUUUUUACUCGCAGUCCCAAAACCAUUCCCCGUAGGAGCAUUAAGUUACCUGAGAAACAGAGCGAAAAAAUGUGCAACAUUGCCGGAUCCGGUGCUGUCCGAUAUUUUGGGACCAGCGUUCAAUUCGCGCUACAUGAGCAUCGAUCGGCCGCCGGUGAUGGAAGACGAACCGAUUCAUGGGAACGGCGAUGGCAAACGUGGCGUGACGAAUGGCCUGUAUCCCUCCUUUUACGUCGACGAGAAUCAUGCGGUAGAACUCGGGAACAACCCAGCGUGGGCGGUAAAUCACGCCGUUGAGACGGAUAACCCUGUGCUGCGGAAACCACGGAGUGCUUACAACGCGCUGCUGAACGACAUGGGCAAGGAGAGUGGCUCCUCGAGACCCAUCCGAGGACGCGGUCAGAACAAACCAAUCGCCAAGCCGUGGGAGUGCGAAGGCAAGAUACGGUGGAUCGAUCUUGGACACGAGUACUUCCCACGGUAUCUCAGGACCGUUGAGUGCGUGAAGAAAAGCUGCUGGUAUGGACACUACCAUUGCGUGCCCCGAUCGUUUACUGUGAAAGUGCUCCGUCGGCGCACCGGAGAGUGCGUUCCUGCGGAACAACUGAAGAACAUCGGCGUCGAUGGACUGCCGGGUGAGCUGCGUGAACUGUGGGUGUGGGAAGAACGAGCGGUCAAUUUCUGCUGCGACUGUGCGGCACAUUAGCUGCCUGGUGACCAUUUUUUCAACUUACCUGAAGUUUGUAAAUAUUUGUAAAUAUUAGCUGUUCAAUUGUUCUAGUCUUGGCACUCUCUCUCUCUCUCUCUCUCUCUCUCUCUCUCUCUCUCUCUGCGUAACAGGUUUUGUUAGUAAUAAAAUUUAUCGACGUAUAACAAUUUGAGUAUUUAUUUACUUACCCGCAAACAUUC